AUGCGGCUUCUCCAUUUCGACGUACUAGGCAGCCUGAUUUUGACAGACUUUCGCGGCAAGCGGAUCCCGCCCUACGCUAUUCUAUCACACCGAUGGGGCGAUUCUGAGAUCCUUAUCGAAGAUAUAUCGAAUAGAAACUACAAAGAGAAAGAAGAAGGCUACCGAAAGCUACGGUUCUGCGCCGAACAAGCAGCUCAGGACGGGCUACAGUACUUCUGGAUUGACACAUGCUGUAUCGACAGAUGGAACAACAACGAGCGCUCUAAGGCGAUCAACUCGAUGUUCCAGUGGUACAAGAAUGCGCUACGAUGCUACGUUUUCUUAUCGGAUGUGUCAGCAUCGACCUCAACCUCGACAGGAUCUAUCUUAUGCAGGGAUUGGAAUGUAUCGCUUCGGCGAAGCAAGUGGUUCACUCGCGGAUGGACGUUGCAGGAGCUGAUAGCGCCAGCAUCUGUGGAGUUCUUCUCGUGCGAAGGGCAGCGCAUAGGCGACAAAACCUCUCUCGACCAACUACUGCACAGCAUCACCAGCAUUCCGCUUGCAGCGCUGCGCAACUGUCCCCUCAACCAGUUUACUAUAGAUGAGCGCAUACGAUGGGUUAGCGGUCGCGAAACGACCGAGACAGAAGAUAUGGUAUACUGCCUGCUUGGACUUCUUGGCGUCUCUAUGCCUGCAACCUAUGGCGAAGGAAGGGAGAGUGCGUUGGAAAGACUGCAGGCUGAAGUGGAGGGAGCCGGCCGCGCACCGUCGAUCAUUCCGUUCGCGCGCAACAAGUCUUUUGUGGGUCGCGAACUACAGCUCGCUGAACUGGAAGCGAAGCUCUUCAGCAACAUACAGACUACCUCGACGCUUGCAAUAGUCGGGCCUGGCGGAACAGGUAAAUCGCAGCUCGCGCUCGAGGUCGCACACAGAACACUAAAGAAACACAAGCACUGCUCGGUCUUCUGGAUCGAUGCGAGUGACAAAGACAGUCUCGACCAGUCGUAUACUAGUGUUGCACAGAAGCUUGGCGUUCCUGGUUGUGACGGUGACCAGGCAGACAUAGAGCAGAUCGUGAAACGUUGCAUAGCAAAGCUAAGUACGCGGCAGUGUUUACUGAUCUUCGACAACGUCGAAGGCACAACUGUCCAGCAUGAUGGCUCGUCAACGGCAGAAGCUGCAAACUUAGCCAACUUUCUGCCGCACUCUAAGCUCUGUUCUGUCAUUUUCACGACAACAGAGAGCGACACGGCUAAGACGCUUGCUCCACAAGAUGUGGUAGCGCUGCAUGAACUGACGUCUGGCAUGGCGCUAAGGAUGUUGCAAUCCCGUUUGACAACGCCGCUCUCUAAUGCUGAGCAGCCUGCAGCCAUACGCUUGCUAAGAGAGCUAUCACACCUGCCUCUAGCAGUGUCGCAAGCGGCAGCGUGCAUGAACGCAAGCAAUAUGACAGUGCAGCAGUACCAAGCACGACUACACGACCACGACCACGACCAAGCAGCUCUUAAGCAUAGCAAUGACUUGCGUGAAAGCGAGCAGGGAGAGUCUAGUCUGAGAAAGGCUGUAGCUGCUACACUAUCUCUUUCUAUAGGUCAAGUCUGGCAGAGCAACGCCAUUGCUGUAGAGCAGCUUUACGUUACUGCGUGCGUAGACCGAAAGGACAUUCCGCUCGAUCUACUUAAGGCAGCUUCGCCGCAGGCCCGUAUAGAUACGAUCAUGAUACUCGACAGGUAUGCGCUCAUCACAAGACGACCUGCUGAGUCAGCAUUUGACGUGCAUCGAUUGGUGCACCAAGCCUUACGAAAGCAGCUGCAGAUGCAGGGACGGCUUCACGAAUACACUCAGCGGACAGUCACGCAGCUGCUCCAGGUGUUUCCAAACAAUGAUCACAGUAACAGAAGCAAAUGGAGGCGACUACUACCACACGCUCAAUAUGCACUGUCACAUAGUGAAAAGAAUAAUAACGAGGAGAGAACAAAUCUUGCAGAAGAUUGCGCUAGGGCUCUGCAGAGUGAUGGACAAUACAAGAGAGCUGAAGAGCUCUAUAUGCAAGUGAUGGAGUCGAGGAGGAGAGUACUGGGUAGCGAGCACCCCGACACGCUCACCAGCGUCGAUAACCUUGGGUCAGUGCUAGAGAGCCAGGGCAACCAGGGCAAGUACGAGGAGGCAGAAGCGAUGCAUCGACGGGCGCUGGAAGGGUACGAGAAGGUGCUUGGGCGCGAGCACCCCGACACGCUUACUAGCGUGUACUGCCUUGCUCACCUACUUGCGACACUCUGUGACUAUAAGGAAUCUCUUGAUCUAUAUAGCAGAGCGUGUGACGGGUAUAGCGUUGUUCUUGGAGAGCACCACCCCACUACCCGAGCAUGUCGCCAACACCGUAGCGAAGUGCUUUUGUCACAUGAGCAGUCUCGACUAGCAAGUUCUAGACGGGGAGGGAGAAGCAUAGGAGAAGCUGAGCGGGUAGUAUUUAGCUAG